CUCCCUCCUUCCCUCCCUCACUCCUUCCUUCCCUCUCUCCCGCCCGCACGGCAGGCGCGGCCGUCGACGAGGCGAGCUGAGAGGGGCGGCGAGGCGGCCUCUCGGUGUGCCCCGUUUCGCCCCCCCCCCCCCCCCCUCCCCCGCCCUUCCCCUCCAUCCCCGUCGGCAGCGAGGCGGUGGCGGGGACCGACUCGCCCACCCGCCCCGUCGAUGGGAAAGGAGGAGCCUGGGCCGGCGGCGCGCAGGCGGGGGGGGCAGCGGCAGGAACUUCGGUGGGGUUGAGUCUGAGGCGCCGGGACGGCAGAGAAAGGAGCCCCGGGCAGCCCGGCGGCAGCGGCGGCGGCUUACGGCAGGGUUCUGUCAUCCGUGAUGGCGUCAGCUCUGCCCAGAACCCUUGGGGAAUUGCAGCUGUAUCGAAUACUACAAAAAGCAAAUCUCUUGUUCUACUUCGAUGCCUUCAUUCAGCAGGGUGGGGAUGAUGUCCAGCAGCUCUGUGAAGCGGGUGAAGAGGAGUUUUUGGAGAUCAUGGCUCUCGUAGGCAUGGCCAGCAAACCUCUUCAUGUCCGAAGGCUGCAGAAGGCCUUGAGGGACUGGGUGACAAACCCCGGCCUUUUUAACCAGCCUCUCACCUCCUUACCUGUCAGCAGCAUUCCGAUAUACAAGCUACCAGAAGGUUCUCCUGCGUGGCUGGGGAUAUCCUGCAGCAGUUACGAAAGGACCAGCAGCAGCAGAGAGCCUCACCUGAAGAUUCCCAAAUGUGCCGCCACCACCUGCGUGCAGAGCGUGGGUGCCAGCAAAUCCGAGGUGGUGGGGAACUUAUCCCUGCAGAGUGGCAGCGAGCCCAGGCUCUGGCAAGGACACCACACCACAGAGAGUGAGCACAGCCUUUCCCCAGCUGACCUGGGCUCUCCGGCUUCACCGAAGGAGAACAGCGAGACCCUGGAUGCCGCCGCCGCGCUGUCGGUUGCGGAGUGCGUGGAGCGGAUGGUCCCCUCCCUGCCCAAAAGUGACUCCAACGAAGUCAAGGAGCUGCUGAAAACAAAUAAGAAACUGGCAAAGAUGAUUGGUCACAUCUUUGAGAUGAGUGACGAGGACCCUCACAAAGAGGAGGAGAUCAGGAAGUACAGUGCAAUAUAUGGCAGAUUUGACUCAAAAAGGAAGGAUGGCAAGCAUCUCACCCUCCACGAGCUAACAGUUAACGAAGCAGCCGCUCAGCUGUGUGUUAAAGAUAAUGCCUUGUUGACCAGGAGAGAUGAACUCUUCGCCCUAGCUCGGCAAAUCUCUCGGGAAGUUACGUACAAGUACACCUACAGGACCACCAAGUCUAAAUGUGGAGAAAGGGAUGAGCUGUCACCAAAGAGAAUCAAAAUAGAGGAUGGUUAUCCUGAUUUCCAGGACACAGUCCAGACACUCUAUCAGCAAGACAAAAUGCCACUUGCUUUGGCUAAAGGAAAGAGUGAAGAUUCAGCAGCUCUAAAUUCCCAGUCAGAAAAGGUGAUGGCAAAACAGAUGGAGUUUCUUUGCAACCAGGCUGCAUUGGAGAGACGUCUUUCCACUGGGUGUUACAGACAAAACUCAGAAGAGCACAGCCCCAAUGGCAUGUCACUAGAUAAUGCUGAUGGACAAGGUGAGAGACCUCUGAAUCUCCGGAUGCCGAACCUGCCCAGCAGGCAGCUGCAGCACAUUUCACUUGAUGGAGAGCAGCACCUGGGGAAACCUCUGUGCAGUGAUUUGAUCAGGCUUUACCCUGGUGCUGAGGCGAAAUCCCAGUCCUCAGAAGGCCUUGGUAUUUUAAAGGAUUUUCCUCAUUCGGCUUUUAACAACAUAGAAAGGAAGGUUAUAAAAACAGAACCUGAAGACACAAGAUAGUCACUCUGCUCUGGAAAACGGUGUCAUUGUAAAGAAUGAAACUUCACAGGAGAGAGAGAGAGAACAAGAAAAAAAAAAAAGCAAAACAAAAAACAAACCAGCCUUAAUAACCAGUGUUGCCUCAUUCAAAUAAGAGAUUUCAAUAGCCAAAGCCUAAGAACUGGUACAGUAAUCUGUGGAAACAAGAGACACUGCAAACUAAAACAGUCAUACAGGUGGAUAAACAUUCCUGUAAAGGUGGUUUUAUAACGUGGGAAGAUUCACAAGUUAAUAUUGUGGGUCUUCAUUAUUUAAGAAUGUAUUAUGUAUUUGUAUAACUUAUCAAAGUAAAUCUAGAUGUCGGGACGUGUAUUGAGUCCAGUAGAUGUGGCUACAGUUCAUUUUACUUGAAAUUUCAAUGUCUACUUUUCAGUGUACCUAGCAUAGAGAUGGUUGUUAAACAUUUGAAUUAAAAAAAAAAAAAAAUCCUUGGGGAAUUAGGAAUGCAAACCUCGUGACACAGUUAACAGCAAGUUUGCGACAAUAUUUGUAGAGAAAAAGAGAAAAAAAGUAAAAAAAAAAAAAUGCAUCAAAUAUUUCAUGGUUUAAAAUGUUAUGUGGAUAUAGCACUUGAUAGACCUAGACCCUGGUUCUGUAUUAUAGCAGAUGUACUUGACACUUAACUAUCUUCACAUCACUUGCAAUGGUUUCAGCAGCCUUUGUGUAACACACUUAACAGCAUCUACUACCUACCUACAGGUCAGGAGUGGGGGAAAUGCCAGUUAGGAGGGUGGAAGAGUCCCAUUUUGUUGGGAAAAAAACUGUGGUUUUUGUGUACUGUACAAUGACUUGAACCUCAUCUGGUAGGAAACCCAAGAGACCAAGUAGCAUGGGCAGGGCUGCAGGGAUGGUGACUCAGAGCGUUGGAACUUCUUGGACUUCUCUGUGGAUCUUUAAAAAAAAAACAAAACAAAACAGAGACAAAAUAAUGCAUCCUAGGUGUGGCAAAGCUGAAAUUUGAUGCAGGAUUUCUGCACCGGUGUAAAAGGUUGCACUUGAUAAUCCAAGAUCCAUCAGAUCUUUUGGAGUUAGCAUGUGACUCCUUAUUAAGUGCUGUCCAGCCCACAUGAUUCUAUGAAUAUACCGUAUACUGCAUACAGUAUGCCAAUAAGUUUCUUUAUCUGUGUGAUUAAUUAACAUCUGUAUUCUUUAUUUAUUUGACAGGUUUUUAUUUUUUGUACGUUUUCACUUUGGCAGAUGUCAUUUUACAUUCAGGAGAAACAGUUGGCAUGUGGCUUUGGGAUUUUUUAUUCUUUUUUUUUUUUUUUGGUGUCUUUGUGUGCAUCCAUUUUUCCUCUGUGCAGAUCCCUCAGUGGAAGAGUUGCUUUCCUGCAGUCAAAAAUAGUUACAUGCCUUAGUUUCUCAAUACAGUUUUUUUCUACAACAUGUUCUGGAGGGGGAAGGAAGUGCAGUUCCCAUGCCAGUGGGUAAAAUUCACAUGCUUCAGGUGUUGAUGUCUGCAGUUUGCUCCAUGUCCCAGGUGUGUCCCAAGGAGUCAGUCCCAGUCUGGGUUCUACUGUCAGCAAAACGUGAGCUGAAAUGUCUACACUGCAGUCUCUUAUCACUGUAAAACAUAGUUUAUCACUUUUGAUUUGUGGAACAAAGCUUUUUAGUAGAAACACCAGUAAACAACUUUUUUAUACUUAUUGAAACGUUUGGGUUUUUUUUUUUCUUACAAAAAAAGCUGUUUUUUGAACUGUAUGGUACUGUUUCACUUACUGGAGUAUCUUACUUUAAGCAAUGGAAUUUGCAGCUUUGCUGUUAGAGAUAUAAGAGAUUGGAUGUGUAGUGAUAUUCCCUUUUUUCCUGUUGUGUGAGCUAGUAGUACGGAUAAAGAUAUUUUCUUCGAGUCUGUGACAUGAGCCAGUGCCCUGGUUUGUAUCUGAGCAGCUUUCACAGGAUGUGUGUGGAGCUAAGGACAGCUUCAGGUUUGUGCUGUGCAGCUGGAGGGGUAGAAGGUACCAAAAACAGAUGUUGAGAUGCAGGAUUUGUUCUGGGUUUGCAUCAUUAAAAGGUGUGCGUGGAUCACAGAAGAAGCUCAUGAGCUUGCUGGUCUCUUCAGCUAAAGUGAGAGGAAGGCAAAAGAACUUGCUAAGGCAGCACGCUCUUUCAGUUGAGUCCAGGAUUUAUUUUGUAAACACUAAUGUAUUAAAUUUGCUAUAAAUUAAAAGUAUAUAACAGUUAUAUUUUUGAGUUGUAAAUACAGUACUGUGUGUCACGACCAGUUGGUUAUCUCUAGAAUAUUUCAGGUUAUAGUCCAACAGGCCAUUUCAGUCUCAAUAAGCCAGAAGCAAUGUUUUUUUUUACUGGUUUACAGCUGUAAUUUUUUUUUUUUUUUUUUAACUGAGGGGUGGGAAGGGGAGGGGUACAUUCCACAAUUGCACAUGCAUUUGGUAAUAGCAAUUAUUCAAGUAUUGGUCUUUCCAUGACAAAGGUCUUGGUGGACUGCAACUUGGGCAACCUCUGGGGUCACAGGUGAGGCUUUGCCCUCAUCUGCUCUUGAAAGGGUUGCUGGAUUCAGGGUACUCUGGAUCAAAGGCCAUCCCUGCAAAUGAUGCCUGUUCUUAUUCACAUGUUUAUAUUGUUGCUUACAAAAUAAAAUUCACCGUGAGAACUC